CUAAAUUUUACGAGUCUGCGUAGAAGUUUCUAACUCCUUAGAACGAGUCCUAAAGAAAUUCGAGUAAGUUAUUAUUGAAACUGGUGUGUUUUUUAUCGUGCUAUUUAAAGAAAUAACGAUUCAGUGAAAAUAAAGAAUAAUAAACGGUAUCAGUGAAGAGGUGAAUUAUACUUUAGAAAUGGAAUGCAUUUCCAAUAUGUGUCAGCGCUUUACAUGGAGUAUGCUUUUUUUGCUAGCAAUUAUUUUUCACAUAAAAACCACAGUGUCACAUUCUGAUGGACUUUUUACAAUGCCAGACCAUGAUUCGCCUACAGUAUCGCCAAAAUUUUUAUCACGCGGACAUUUGUAUAAAGUUAUAGUUGGCGAAACUAUAGAGCUACCUUGUAAAGUGCAAAAUCUUGGAUCUUUUGUAUUAUUAUGGCGGAAAGGUUCUUCCGUUUUAACCGCUGGUCACUUGAAGAUUACGAGAGAUCAAAGGUUUAAAAUUGUGGGAGAUUAUAAUUUGCAAAUAGCAAGUGUUAAAACGCAGGAUGCUGGCGACUAUAUCUGUCAACUUGGUGAUCAAGAAAAUCGAGAUCAAGUACAUACAGUUGAAAUUUUAGUACCUCCAACACUUCGUGCAUUGCCUCACAAUGGCCAGGUAACCGCGCGUAAGGGCAGCACCGUGACUUUGGAAUGUAAAGCUUCAGGAAAUCCGGUGCCCACAAUUUAUUGGUUUAAAAAAGACGUUUUUGCGGGACCAACUCAUUUAUCAGAUAGUUCAACAUUAAUACUAGAGAAUGUAGACAGACAUCAUGCCGGAAUAUACCAGUGUUCGGCCGAUAAUGGAGUUAAAGAGCGCGUUUCAAUGGAUAUACAACUAACUAUUUUAUCACCACCGGAAAUAACUGUCGAGAAAUCCUGGGUACAUGCAGCUGAAGGUCAUGAUGUGGAGCUUGCUUGUAUAGUUCACGGCGAUGUGAAUUCAGAGAUGCUGUGGUAUCAAAACUCUUUUCUAUUAGAUCCUACCGAUAGGAGAUCAAUGCAGUCAAAUGAUGAUAAAUAUACUUUAAUAAUAAGGAAAUUCCAGCCCUCUGAUUUUGGAAAUUACAGUUGCGUCGCCGAUAAUGCUCUGGGUAGAACUAAAAAGUAUAUUGAAGUAUCUGGCCGUCCGGGUCCAGCAAAUUUUAUAUCUCCUGCUCUAAGUGGAUAUCUCGAUCAUUAUAACUUAACAUGGACCAUAGAAUCAAUUCCAGCACUUGAUGAAAUUAAACUUUUAUACAGACGACUAUUGAUGAAUGAAACCUAUCAGCAUCCAGGAAAGUGGCAUGAAAAUCAUAUAAACCCAACUUUAAUUCGAUUCGAUAAUACCCAUUUUAUCAUGUCACACGUGAUAAAAAACUUGGAACAUAAUGCUGUGUACGAGGCAAUUGUUCAAGCUAAAAAUAAAUAUGGUUGGAACGAGCUAAAUGAUUUGUUUACAUUGGCAAUUGAAGACGGCAUUUAA